AAUGGCUCAAAUCAAAUAAUGUGGGGCCAGGCCAAAACAGUUUGAGGCAAGGCGCUCGCUCGCGAUGACACAAUAGCACGCUGAGGCGCAGGCGAACGAAUUUCGCGCUAAUAUCAAGCAUACGCAACGUGGUGCGCCACCGCUGCCAUCGGCUAUAAAUAAACAAAACGGCAAAAAGCAAACAAUUCUUUUGUGCCAUUUUUUAAGUGCGCAGAAAAUACAAGAAUCGGCCAAACGAAAUAUCCCAAAUAUUCAUACAAUAUAUUUGGAAAUCCAGUCAAAAGUGAAGUGAAGUUGAUUUGAAAAUCUGAAACGCAAAUGCGAAAAUGUUCUAAAUAAAUUAUAACAAGUGCCAUUAAAUAUUGUAGAUAAAAGCAAACGCAUAAAGAAGCAAAAACCACAGACAUUUGCGCCCGUGGAAUACUCACAAAUAUUUGUUCGCAGCCAACGGAAAAGUGCAACAGCUUCAGCACGGGUCAACGUCUGCGGGAAGCCAGCGCCAGGGGACGCAGCAGCAUGAUCUACAUUGAUGACUCAGAGCCGGAAGGCGUUCUGGAACCGGUGUUUCCUAUGCGCGAUGUGACCAUAAAUCGCAAUGUCGAUGCCCAUAAGCUGUUCGAUGUGCUGGGCGAGGUGGGACGGGGAAAGUUCGGGACGGUGUACAAGUGCAGGGACAAGACGAACGGCCUGCAAUUGGCCGCCAAGUUUGUGCCCAUACCGAAGCGCGAGGACAAGCGGAAUGUGGAGCGAGAAGUGGAGAUUAUGAAUUCGUUGCAGCAUCAUCUCAUUAUACAAUUGUAUGCGGCAUACGAAUAUCAGAAAAUGAUGUGCGUCGUCCUGGAACUCAUCGAAGGCGGCGAACUCUUUGACCGCGUGGUGGACGAUGAAUUCGUCCUCACUGAACGCGUCUGUCGCGUCUUCAUCCGCCAGGUGUGCGAGGCCAUGGCCUUCAUUCACGGCAAUGGCAUAGUCCAUCUGGAUCUGAAGCCCGAGAACAUCCUGGUGCUCACACAGAAGGGAAACCGCAUAAAGAUUAUUGACUUUGGACUGGCACGCAAAUUCGAUCCGGACAAGCGUCUCAGGGUGCUCUUUGGCACACCCGAGUUCGUGGCUCCGGAAGUGGUGAACUUCGAUUGCAUCUCCUAUGGCACGGAUAUGUGGAGCGUCGGUGUUAUUUGCUAUGUGCUCAUCUCGGGUCUGUCGCCAUUCAUGGGCGAGAACGACAUUGAAACAAUGUCAAAUGUAACCAUCGCGAAAUACGAUUUCGAGGAUGAAUGCUUCAAUGGAAUAUCCCCGGAGUGUCUGGAUUUCAUAGCCAAGCUGCUGGUAAAAGACUUGAGCACCCGCAUGACAGCCGCAGAUUGCAUGAAGCACAAAUGGCUCCAGCAGCGGGCGACCGCGGCAGCCACCCCAAUAGCGAAGGGAGCCUCUUCGGCGUCGAAGACACGCCUCAAGUCGCAGUCACCGACACCAGCCGCCUCCGAGUCCUCCGAGGAGUCCACAGAGACCAUCGAGGAUGACGACGACGACGUCGUCGUAGAGGGGAAAGUGGAAGCGGGGGAGAGCGUAGGAAAGCAGGAACAGGACCAGGACCAGGACGAAGAGUGCGAAGAGCUUGCGAAGCUCUGCAGUGCCGUAGACCUGGAGAACAAAGAGCUGGAUGCCACCAAGGAUAACCUGAAGAAUUUCAUUGUGCGGUGGGAGACGCAUCCCAACAGUCCGUAUGUCUUCGAUGUGGAGGGCAAUGUGAUUGCGCCCCUAAACGAGACGAGCUAUCCGCACCCGCGACGACCCCAUGGCCAGGACAGCAUCUCCUCGUCCCGAGUGUGUUCGCCCUCGCCCUGCGAGUCGAUAGCCACGAUGACGGACGACGAGCAAGGCGAUGGCGAUGGCGAUGGUGAUGCCGAGCUGCAGGACGAGGAGGAGUCACCGGGGGGCGACAAUGAGAGCCCCAGCUCCGUGUCGACGCCCAUCAAUGAGUCGCGCGAGAAACUCUUCCCGGCCAUGGGCUCCUCCAACCCGGCCACGCCCACGCCCCAGCACCUGUUCAACGAGAACUUUGACGAAUUCUCGGGCAGCGAGUCGACGGCCCAGCAGCAAAGGAGCAUGAAGAGCUAUCUGCACACAUUCGAUCGCCGAAACUCGGACACCACCUACCUGCUGGGGCGACGCAGCUCCGGGGAGCGCGUCAAUCUGGCUGACGAGAUCCGCAAGCUCUCUGACCAUCUGCUCAUGCUGGCCGAUAUCAAUACGAAGCUAGGGGACUCCAACAACAAAAACAACAACAAGAACAGCGACACCAAUGAAGCAUCUACCCCUGCCUCGCCAGCUGCAGCUGAGAGCAGUUCCAGCCGCACCUCCGAGACGAGCCAGGAGGGAAACAAGUGGACCAGCCGCACGACCAGCAGCAGCAGCUGGAACCGACCCACGCCCAGGGGCGGACUCCUCAGUGCUGCCAGCAGCAGCAGCCAGCGCCACGCCACCUCCGACGAUGGACAGGGCCAGACCAAGGUCAGUUCGCUGUCCGUGCGCCUGCAGCAGUCCAUCGAGGAGACGCCGAAGCUGAGCAACGGCAACGGUAGCGAGAGCACCUGGUCCAAGUCGCAAGUGCAAUCCCUACGCAACCAGUCCACGAUGAGCACGAUGAGCAGCUCCAAUACCCGGAGCAGCACCUCAAGCCAGCAAGUACAAAAGUCCUCAGUGGCCUCCACGUCCAAGGUAAUCUCCAGCAGCAGCAGCACCACCACGAGCAGCAGCAGCAGCAGCAAUAGCCAUCACAUGGUCACUGAAUCGGCCAGCAGUCGUCGGGCAAAGUUCCGCAUCAAUCAGAUGAGCCGCGACGUGCCCGUUGGACUGCCCGACACGCACCAGAUGGUGAAUCUAGAGGAGGCGGCAAACACCACCAAGGACUGCCUGCUGCAUCUCCUGGAGAAGUACAACGAGACAAAGAUACGCAACCCCAUGGCACGGCAUCAGAGCAUCAGCGUGGACUGGCAUAUGAGCGACAAUCUGGAGUACCGAUCCAUGAGCUCCAUCAAUGCCUUCUUCCAGCGGCACAACCAAACCAAUGCCGGUGGCCAUAAUGUCAAGCACAUACAGGCCCAGCUGGAGGAGAAGGCGGCGGGGAAGUAGACGCAGCCACACUCCAGACUCCACUGUGUAUAUAUUCAGAUAUAUAUAUAUAUAUAUAUGUAUGUACUAUACCAAAUAUCGGCUAAUGCGAGUGCUUAUCUAGUUAAACGAACCUAGUUAAAAUUACUACUCUGCAAAUG